GCGAUAUUGACUUACAUGCAUCGGAUAUAGCAGACGAAAUAAAAUGGAGAAUGCGCCUUGGCGACCGUGCCUCUGAAAAGGCCGUAGAGAAAGUGCAGUCAUGGCUCAAUGAGUGUGACAAAGCACACCCCCAUUGUCGCAAAGUCGAAACAUGUCCCCUACCUACCCGAGUUCUCGAUAUUUCUUGUGAGGGUUCUUGCUGGAACAUACGCUUAUUGAAUAGCAAUGGUCUUACCGCAGCAUACACGGCUCUGAGUCAUUGCUGGGGUAAGGAGGUGAAUCUGGUCAAUGGCCAAAUAUCUAAAUGUACAUCUGGAAAUAUCAAUCAGUUGCUGCAGGGGUUUUCAAUUGACGCUCUGCCCGCUUUGUAUAGAGAUGCAGUAAUCAUGACCCAGAAACUGGGGAAACGUUACCUUUGGAUCGAUUCAUUAUGCAUCAUUCAGGAUAGUAAAGACGACUGGUCCAAGGAAUGCGCUCGAAUGACCGACGUCUACGCAAAGAGCUAUUUGACAAUAUCCGCUGCCUCGUGUAAAAACUACGAGCAAGGGUUCCUUAAAGCCACCACGGUCGAAACACAGGCCAGGCUCACCACCAUACCCGGCUCACAAGAUCGAUACAUCUAUAUCCGGCCUUUCCACAGGCCCGAACCGCGCACACCGCUUAUGCACAGAGCAUGGGUGUUUCAAGAGAGAAUCUUGUCAACUCGGGUGUUGCAUCUUACAUCUUUCGAAAUGGUAUUUCUAUGCGACCAAUAUGAAGCAGGCGAAGGUGGCUUCUUCAACCGUGAAUCUGUUCGUUGCCGUGAAAAGCGACUUCUUUAUGACGCGGACAUUGGAGUUCACUUUUCCGCAUACAGCCGGUGGCGUCAGGUGGUUCAGAGUUACUCGGAGCUUGACCUGACUUACAAAACAGACAAGCUUCCUGCACUUUCAGGUGCUGCGCGCCUAAUACAAGAACGAACAGGAGAUAGAUAUCUCGCCGGCCUUUGGAAGAGUAACUUGGUGGCUGGGUUAAUGUGGCAAGCUACAUGUCAAAAGAAAGCUGGAGCCAACCACAAGACGACAUACAUAGCUCCAACGUGGAGUUGGGCAUCCAUCCAAGAUCAUGUGAUCCACUACCAACAUUCUAUCCAUAAUCACCCAUUCCAGCUGAAAGUGGUAGACGCCCAAGUUUGUUUGUCGACUCCUAACCCUUUUGGUGAAGUAUCAUCGGCUUCCCUGAUCAUUGACGCUCCACUUCGAAAAUUCCUCGCGUGCGACGUCACAAAUUCUGAGAUUCAGGGAUCUUUUACCGUUGACUGGGGGAUUCGAGAUACUUCUGGCGACUUUCUCUUUGCGUUUGAUGAUGCCUGGUAUCCGGGGCCCGAGUCCAGGACAUUGUACCUGUUGCCAUGUGUAUCAGAUGCCGCUUUGGGUGAGGAAGAGCUGGGAUGGUUUCAUGACUCCAUGUGGCACGGCCUAGCAUUAGAGCCCGUCGACCGGGAGAACCGGAUCUACAAGCGGAUUGGGGUGUUCCAUUUCCAUCGGACCGUUGGUCAAGAGAGGACGUGGUACGCUCUAGGCUUUGCUGAUGCAAGAGUCACCAUCAUCUGA